AUGGACGAGGAUGACCGAGGUGAGAUCCAAGCUUUGUCCCCUUCCGCCACACCCAACAUCCAGCAGCAGAGCUCGCCCACCCUCCCCUCGUAUCGUCCUUCCCUGUUGACUCUCUCCUCUCUCUCCCCAGACUCCAACGCAAGCUCGGACAACGAGCAGGACGAGGUGAUGGAAGACGUCGACGAGCCCGAAAACGAUAACAACGAACCAGAGGAAGAGGACAAUGAGGACGAGCAAGAUGAUGAAGACGAGGGUGACGGGGACGCAGACGGGGACGGGGACGGGGACGGGGACGGGGACGGGGACGGGGACGGGGACGGGGACGGGGACGGGGACGGGGACGGGGACGGGGACGGGGACGGGGACGGGGACGGGGACGGAGAUGGAGAUGGAGAAGGCGACGAGGGCGACCAGGAGGGAGAUCAAGACCAGGACACUGCUGUCGGUGCUGCUGGCGCUUCUUCCCGCGCCCGAGACGACGACCGGGACCCGAGUUCUGCCAGCCAGGAUAAGGAGGGCCAAGACGGCAGCUCAAGACCGACCGUUACGCACACAUCGGCCACGCCCAAGCGGACCAGCGCUAGUCCCGUGCCGUCCCUCAAGUGGCGCCCGACAGUCCGGCCAGAGGCCCUCACGGCCAAGCUCUACGACAUUGUGCCCACCAUGGCUGCGCCCCAGGCCACCAGCAUCAACGCCAUCUCGGUCACGCCCGACAUGCGGUACUGGAUGACGGGCGGCUCCGACGGCUACGUGCGCAAGUACGACGGCGUGGGCACCAUCAACGGCAAGCAGCUGCUGACGGUCGCCCAGCGCCACCCCUUUGUCGACUCGGUCGUCAAGGCCGGCAUACUCAUGUCGUACUGGGAGAACGAGGAGCCCAUGGCCCCCGGCGCCCGCGCCGAGGAUAGGGUGCUCAGCCCCGUCUACUCGCUCGCCGUCCACAGCCAGGCCCUGUGGCUGCUCUCGGGCACCGAGGGCGGCGGCAUCAACCUCCAGAGCGUGCGCCACGACGAGGGCAAGCGCAUCACCUGCUUGCAGAGGCACUCCAACGCCGUCUCGGUGCUGCAGCUCGCCCCGGACGAGAAGAGCGUCCUGAGCGGCAGCUGGGACAAGUCGAUCCUGGACUGGGACCUCAACAACGGCCAGGUCAAGCGCCAGUUCGACGGCAGCGGCGGCCAGGUCUCGGCCAUCGAGCUGCGGCCUGCGAGCGGCGCGCCCAUCCCCCAGGCCGCGUACGAGGAGCCCGCCGUCGCGAGCGACACCAUCUCUAGCAACAACGCCAAGCCGCUGGCCAACGGCACCGCCGUGAAUGGCGCCAGUCGCGACGACGACAACGACACCCUCUUUGGCACGGCCGACAACACUGGCGGCGACCAGGCCGGCGCUGCCGACGCCGAUGGCUCCCCCGCGCACGAGAGCCUCUUUGGCAGUCCGGGAGGGUCCCUCUUUGGCGAGAACGAUGCCGUUGGCGAGAAUCCGUUCGGAGACGACAACGACAACAACGAGUUUGGCGCUUCGAUGGACAUGUCCUCCCUCCAGCCGGAUGCCCCUGCAGACGAGAUUGGAGGUACCGCUGCUGGGGGUGGCGACGUCGACAUGACGGGUAUGGAAGCGCCAGAUACCACCACCUUGUUGGCCGCCUCAUCCGCCGAGAACAAGGACCAGCAGCAGUCACAGCCAACGGAUCUCCAUCAAGACAAGAACCAGGCUAUGGACAUCGGCACUAGUGAAACCGCCCUGCCUGCAGGGGCUGAUCAUCCACCUGACAGCAAGGGUCAGAUGGAAUCAUCCUCCUGGGCUAAUGGCGCUGCGUCGGGGACGAACGACGCCCAGCAAUCCGGGACGGGCGAAGAACAAACGCCACCAGCAGCCGCCGCCGCCGCCGCCGCCGCCGCCGACGGCGUUCUCUUGGGGGGUGACGGUCAGACCAGACAAGAACAACCGCCCUCGCCAUCCAUGAUAUUCGCAUCGCAGCCGGGCCCGGCGCACUUCGACCCGACGCAGGCCUCCGACACGACCUUCAUGUCGGCGUCGAUGGACGGUUCCAUCCGCAUCUGGGACCGGCGCGUGCCCAACCCCGUCGCGCGCAUCACUAACCGGCCCGGCGUGCCGCCCUGGUGCAUGGGCGCGUGCUGGAGCCCCGACGGCAACUGGAUAUACGCGGGCCGGCGCAACGGGACGGUCGAGGAGUUUAGCAUCCACCGCGCAGCAAGCGGCGGCGGGAGCGGCGGUUGGGCGCCCGAGCGGACGCUCAAGUUUCCCGCCGGGUCCGGGGCCGUGAGCUCAGUGAGGGCCAUGGUCAAUGGGCGGCAUCUAGUGUGGUAA